AACGUCACAUUCAUGCGUUCCCCCCUGCUUUUGUGUCCGGGAGCGUAAUCUUUUCCUUCCGAAUACGUUUCUCUCCCGAGAAAUACACGCAUGACACGGCGGGUUUAAUAUCAGGAGGUGAUCCCGGAUUCCCCAGCUGUCCGAAUCCAAUAUUUGGGUCCCCUCCUCCUUCCCUCCCUCCCCCGCUGGCGGGCAGGCAGCAGGUCGCCAUGGAAAACUCGUCGGUGGCGUCCGCGUCCUCGGAGGCUGGCAGCACGCGCUCGCAGGAGAUCGAGGAGCUGGAGCGCUUCAUCGACAGCUAUGUGCUGGAGUACCAAGUGCAAGGCCUACUGGGAGACAAGAGCGAGACAGACCUAGACGGAGACAACAAGCCCCAGUCCCACAUUUCACAGUGGACAGAGGACUGCAAUGACAAGAAGGACGGGAGUUGGUCACCCUCGUGGGGGAGGGGCUCCACCAAACCAGAUGAGUGGGAUCACAGUAGUAAUGGCAGUACAGGGUCCAGGCCCAGCUCUGGCUCUAGACCUGGUUCAGGCUCCAGGUCUGGUAGCAGAGGGAGGAACAACCAAUUCAGAGGGCCAGCCAAGGUACAGAACGGGAACAGAGAAGGGUCAUUUGACAUCCUGGGUACUGACAUCUGGGCUGCUAACACCAUGGACUCUCAUGGGUAUGUCAUGGGGGCGACGUGGGACCUCCAGCCUGAGAAGCUGGACUUCAGCCAGUUCCACAGGAAACCCUUCCGGGGAACACCAAAGCACCUCCCACACAUCGACAGAGAGGGAUCUGAAAGCCCAUACAUCCCUCCCAUUGAUCCUCUUCCAUGGGAUAAACAUGAAAAUGAUGAUGCUGGUCCAUUCCAUUACUACUUAGAACUGAUGAUGAAAGGCAAGUUUGAAUAUGAUGAUGGGAUCAACCUGAACGACAUGGAGAAGUUCCUGCCAGGCCUUACCGGAUUCCCGCCCCUGCCCAACGAAGCUGAGAUCGCACACACCAAAAAGCUCUUCCGUCGCAGGAGGAACGACCGACGUGGCGUGCACCACAUCAUCCAGGACCAUCUAGGCCUAACCGUGCUGCUGCCGCCCAGGGGGAAACGACAAGUCAGUGUCAGGAGACAGCAGCAGCAGAGACCACCGGGGGGAGGAGGAGGAGACCGGAAGACACAGAAUCUUCAGCAGCAGCAGUCUCCACAACAAAAACCUCCAUCUAAUCAACAACAACAACCAGUCAAUCAACAGCAGAAUGACCAGCAGCAGCCCGGGCCAGGGGGCAACGCCAGACACCCUCGUGACCAGCAGCAGCAGGGAGGACAGUGUGGGGGUAGCCAUGGGCAGCAGUUCCAGGGCCACGAUGGGCAGCACCAGGGGCCCCCCCACCAUGGCUACAGCCAGAACCGCCGCUGGCACCACAACCAGCAGGGGCAGGGAGGAGGACAGGGACUGCGGGUGCAGGGUGGCCCGGCAGGGGACAGAGAUAGGGGGGCAACCCCAACGGGAGACGGAGACAAGGGGGCACCACCGAGAAAAACCAAAGAGACUGAGAAUGUAAAGGCAGCGGAGGCCAUCACCAGGCUGGAGCCAGAGAGCUCCAGGGGCCCCAAUGAGGGGCCUCCCAGCCAGCCUGGGGGCCAGGGUGGCCCUAAAGUCAGUCUUCUGCCGUCGUCCAAGGAGAGGCUGAGGAGGAGGCUAAAAGACAAGGAAGAGGCGAUCGUGUCCCCAGUGGGCCCCCAGCGGAGCCGUAUGGACCGCUUGCUGGAGAUCCUGAACAGCAUGAGGAACAACAGUGCCGGGGUGGACGGCCAGCUCAGCUCCUUCAUGGAGGAGGCCCAGACCUCGGCCCAGUCAGAAGAGAGCCUGGCCCAGAUCGUCUCUACUAUCUAUGGCAAGGCCCUCAGCGACAGGAGCUUCGCCGCUACUGCUGCCAGACUCUGUGACAAGAUGGCCCUGUUCAUGGUGGAGGGGACCAAGUUUAGAUCAUUGCUACUCAAUACGUUACAGAAGGACUUCUCUCGUCGGGAGGAGCUGCAGGCGUCUGACGUGGAGCGCUGGUUGGGGUUCAUCACCUUCCUGUGUGAGAUGUUUGGAACAAUGAGGUCCAGCGCCGGAGAACCCUUCAGAGUCCUGGUCUGUCCCAUAUACACCUGUCUCAGAGAGCUGCUGGAGUCUCCAGAGGUGAAGGAGGAUGCAGUCCUCUGUUAUUCUAUGGAGCUGCAGUCUACAGGUCGUCUCCUGGAGGAGCAGCUUCCAGAGAUGAUGACAGAGCUCCUGGCUGCGGCCAGGGACAAGAUGCUGUGUCCGGCCGAGUCCCAGCUGACUCGCUCCCUGCUCAUGGAGGUGAUCGAGCUGCACGCCAACCACUGGACCCCUCUGGAGGCCCUCACCACACAGUACUACAACAGGACCAUUCAGAAGCUCACCACUGCCUAGCCCCCCAGGCCCAGGCCGCCUGGCCCACAGGUCAGACACAUGGAGGCCUGAGAUGGGUUGAUGGCUGGGAUGCAUGGGGUGGGACUGGACAUGGGACCGUACAGGGUCGCAGAACAUAAUUGAGUGGCCCCAUACCAGACUGCAAAUGGGUUUAAGGAGAUGGGACUGGGACUGACAAGACAUACAGACAGACCUGAAAUCCAUGCAAAAACAAGACAAACACUACACCACGGACACAGACAGAAGAGACUGGCCACUGGCCAUGCUGCCUGCACACAGUUGACUGUGGGGGCUUGCCUGGUCAUUGAGAUGGGUGGAGGACAAAGAGACAGCAUGAUGUUGGGGGGGGAGAGGAGAGGGUUGGAGCAGCAGCCGCCUGUCCUUGGUGAACAGAGAGUCUCCUCAGAGGUUAAAAAGAGAAGAAGCAGGGGGUCCAGGGAGAUUUCUUUCUCUCUUUUGUGUUCGUGUGCCAACCACCCUUCCUCCUUUCUAUGUUUUUCUCCUUUCUCUAUCUCCCCUCCUCCUCCUCCUCUCUGUUCCAGACCCUUCCACCCCAGGGCCUCUGUGGCUGACUGGGGAGGUCAAAUGGCCAGACUGCAGGGCUAGGUUCCAGUCAGGCCUGCCUUUGUCCUCCCUCUCCCCCAGAGGCGCUUUGUGUGGCUGAGACACUGGGACACUGGGACACUGGCUGGCGCACUCUGGAUCGCUGGCUGGGUAGCAGAUGGCUUCUGGCGCCUCAGUGGGCUGGCUGCAAGACACACUCCCAGUCCCACAUACACUCCAGCCCCAGCCAAGGCCAACCCAUCCUCCAACUCAGGCUAACCCUAUCCCAGCCAGGCCGCUGACAGAAGGGGGCAGUGGGUUUGUCCUGGGGGCCAGUGGGGCUAGGGACUGCUUUAUUGUGGCUUUUGUUGUCAUUAUCAUUUUCAGAGGGGUUUAAUUUCCUCUGUCCAUGCUUUUGUUACCUUUGUUAUCAGUAAUAUUCUAUUAUAUUAUUGUUACUAUUAUUAUUGUGAUGUCUUUUAAAUCGUGUAGAUAUGUAUGAUAAUGGAAUAUUUUAGGGUAGAUGUAUUGCACAGGUUUGAUUUGUUUUGCACUGUUUUAAGGCGAUUACUUGUUUUAAAAGUCAAAAAAAAAAUAAUAGAAGAUUUUAAACUGUGGUAUGGAUAAAUACUAGCAUUAAAAAGCCUCAAUAGGUUUGAGGGGUUCGUUGACUAGAGAGGGAAGGUUUAGCCAGAAGGAAGAAUCAUAGAAAUUAUGGAUUUGAAGAAGUCAGUCAGACUAGUGGCCUUGUGAACUAUAACUACAUUUAUAGAGUUGCGUCCUUGUUGUUUUGGAAGAAAAGGCCAAGAGAGAUGGAGAGUGCUUGCCGAGUGACCUGCAAAAUGCUGAUUCUUCUUCCAGAGGAAGGAAGAGAAAAUGAAACAAAAGAAAAACGAGCAUGAUACAAAUCGCUUCUUCAAAUGUUCUCCUGUUCAAGCAGCCAUUUUGCAAUGUUGGACAUUUUGCAACUCUUUAUAUCUGUAUGAUGAUGAAGUAUUUGCUUUUGAGAGAGAGAGAGAAAAAAUAAUCUUAUUUUACAGAUUAUAAAAAAUAUAUAUAUAUGAUAUAAUGUAGUAUGUGAUUCGCAUUACUCUGGCUUCUGCAAAUGUGUGUACAACAAUAUUGACAUGUAUCAACGCAAUCAUCAUUAUGUAAUACAAUGAUAUGUAAUCCAAUAUACAGUAUAUACCAGUAUUUAAGACAUGGAUGCCAGAUCUAGGAGGGCAUGGUGUAAAGCGAGACAAGGCCUAUGUCCCAAUUAUCUAUCCUUCUAAAGUGUGCGCUUGUUCACUUCCCUUCCCUGAUUUGAAAGGAAAUGACUGGUAUAAGAAAGAUUAUAUUAUCUAGCCCAUGCCUCCUCUAAUCCAAUGCUUUUAGGUUUGUGGGAAAUAGUAAACGAGUGUACACUUCAGGUGAAAGGAGAUAUUAUUGGCACCCAUGAUGAUUAGCUAUAGGGUUGUAUAGGGUUGUGGUUGUGUGGAUAGGAGGUGGCCUUUCCAUGUGUUCUUACUAUGGCUUCAGCUCAUGUUGAAUGAACUGCUCAUUCUGGGGCAGUCUGUCCGUCCUAGUACUACUAGUGUUACUAGCUCCUGAUUUCCCAUUGAAUUGAAUCUCUGGGCAGUUUUGUGUUAUUUCUUUCUGUCUUGCAUCAAGAAUCCAAAUCUUUAAUGUAGGCAUCCAAAACAAUAGGGUAUUUUUUAAAACAAUUUAAAUAAUUUGGAGAUGCAGAUAACUGGCAAAAUAAAGGAAACACCAACAAUAGGGCGUUGGGACACCAUGAGCCAGAACAGCUUCAAUCACCUUGGCGUAGAUUCUACAACUGUCUGGAACUCUAUUGGAGGGAUGCGACACCAUUCUUCCACUAGAAAUUCAAUCAUUUGGUGUUUUGUUGGUG